UAUAAGUUGGGGUCAUUUGAUUCUCUUUUCAGUUACUUAAUCGUUUCUUAAUCUACUGAUAUUUAUCUGCUCAUAGUUGCUGGAGUACUCAUUCAUAACAUUCAUUUCCAACAAUUUCAUAUUUUACUCUAAAGUGAACGACCAGCAAUGUCUUCCUUCCAGCACCUAAUCAUCAUCCUCUUCUCAUCAUUGUUCAUCCACUUCUCUCAAGCUGACGUUGGCACUGCUUCCCAUUACGGCCCUCCCUUUAUACCGACAGAGUGUUUCGGGGGAGGUGCGUCGCAAUUUCCGGCGACCAACAUGUUUGGUUCUGCUGGAGAAGGUAUAUGGGACAAUGGUGCAGCAUGUGGGAGGCUCUAUGAGGUGAGAUGUAUCAGUGCGGCUGUUCCAAGAACUUGCAUUCCUGGUCAAACAGUUCAGAUUAAGAUUGUUGACAGAGCACAAUCCUCUGUUUCUAGGCCCUCAACUGACGAUACUUCCAUGGUUCUUUCCACCACUGCUUUUCAAGUCAUUGCAAAUGUUUCCUCAUCAUUAAUUAACAUUGAGUUCCAACAGGUUUGAAAAUUUGAACAGAGUAGGAAUUGGAACCUGGUGAAUUUGUUGUUGAGAAAUUAAAUUUUAUGGUAAUGGAGGAAUUUGUAUGAGUAUUUAAAAUACUAAUUGUCAAUAUCGAUGAAUAUUUAUAUAAAUAUUUUCUUCUCAAGAUUAUUUAUUUUUCUUACUUAUCUAUUUGAGUAAUUUUGUGGAUGUUUCAAGUUCAAGUGAUGAAUACAAAACAUAUUAGGUACAUGUUUGGAUUCUUGUUGGAAAACACCAACUUUAUGCUGACUGCAAAUGAACUAACAUGUGCUAAACUUGUGUUUGUUGGAGUUUUAAGAGUAAAUCAAACAUAUGCUAACGGUUCAAUUAUUGUGCAAUUAUUGAUUUGAAUAUUCAUAAGUCAUGAUUGAUGCCGCUUAUUGCGAAAUCAAGGUGCAAAUGUGAGUUUUAUUAAUAUAAAUAACAUAAAGGCUGACUUGUACCCAAUGUACAAUUAGGAAAUUUAAUAUAGGAUUAUUUUCUCUAUAAUUCAGAAUUAUUAGAUUUGUUAUUUUAGCGAAUUUAUCUUUAAAAGACUUUGUUAUAUAAUAAUUUAAGCAACGAUCAUCUCUAUGACAAAUUUUCUUAAAAUUUUAUCUUUGAAGUAGAAGAUAAUGAUAUUUUUGGCC